CAUCAUUCCACCGAACCCCCCUACUUUUCCAGAUCUUUCUCAACCAACACCCAACACCUACCACCCAGCACAUCUACGACUCAUCGCAAGACCUAGGCUCUCUCCGGAUGGCAUCACUCACUUGCACGGACGACAUUUCUUUUGGUCCGGCUGUCAAGGGCUGUCGCGGGGACUUCGACUUCACCCUGAAAUUUGAAACUAUUGUUCUCUCAAUUCUACCAUCAGCCAUAUUCAUUGCGCUCUCAAUUCCUAGAGGCGUUUGGCUUGCUCAUAGAACAAGUGUCAAGGGUAAUGUAUUAUUCCAGUCGACCAAACUUACAGCAGCAGUCAUUUUCGUGAUACUGCGACUGGUGCUCCUAGCCCUGGCCACCAUUGAGCCAUCUGAGUUGCCUGCAUUGUUCAUCACGGCCAACUCCCUGGACCUCGUCGCCGCGGUAGGAGUUUUAUUUCUAACGUAUCUCGAGCAUUCUCGCUCACUACGACCUUCAAUACUCCUCAGCGCGUUUCUCUCGCUGACUAUCCUUUUCGACAUUGCCCGAGUUCGAUCCUUCUGGAUCUUGGCUCAAACCCACUUUCAAUUUGUCUAUGUGCGACUGUUCACUACAGUGACUGUUUGGAAAGCCUUGCUACUUUUGCUAGAGUCACUGCAGCACCAGAAAUGGUCCAAAUGCGACCACAAAACCCACAGUCCGGAAGAAACCUCGGGCUUGUAUGGACUGGGCAGCUUUCUAUGGCUCGUCCCCCUUGUCCUGUCAGGCUACAAGAAAGUGCUGGAAUUGUCUGAUCUUUACCCUCUGGAUCGAAGCGUGUCGAUUGAAGCCCUGCAGAGAAACUUUGCCACGUAUACCCAGCGCGCCAUCUCCCACGGAGACCAACAAGGCUUGGCCAAAGCAGUUGCCCGCACAUUAACAAUCCCUCUCCUACUGCCCGUCGUUCCUCGCCUCGCGCUACUCGGCUUUACACUUUGCCAAGCCUUUCUCAUCGAGACAAUCCUCGAAUGGCUCGCAAAGUCAGACACCGCCCUGACAGUCAAGGAGGGAUAUGCGCUCAUCGGAGCGACAGCAUUAGUGUACGUGGGGUUACCGAUCGUCACAGCAUUCUAUUGGUAUUUUCAUGAACGGGCUUUAUUCAUGAUCCGGCCAUGUCUAGUAUCGGCAAUCUACCAAAAGACUACCCAGCAGCCAAUUGCCGCUGGAGAUGACAAGGCAGCUGUCACGCUGAUGAGCACCGAUGUCGAAAGAGUCAUGAUGGGUCUUAUGCAGCUACACGAGUUCUGGGCCAACCCCCUCCAGGUUGCAAUUGUGAGUUGGCUCCUUCAGCGUCAGAUCGGCACCGCCUUUGUGGCACCGCUGAUAGUUGUCAUUCUCGGCGCCAUCAUGUCGACUGUCGUGAUGCGAUUUGUUGGCCCUAAGCAGAUAGCUUGGAUGCAAGCAAUCCAGAAGCGGGUCGGGCAUACCUCAACUGUGAUCGCUACGAUGAAACACUUGAGAAUCUCCGGACUUACCCAGCCAGUGGAAGAUUCCAUUCGAGCAUUGCGGCGGGACGAGCUGCACGCUGGGGGGAAGUUCCGAACCUUUCUUGUGAUUUCAGUGGGCAUCGGAUUCAUGCCAGUCCUUCUGAGCCCCAUCUUUGCCUUUGCCUUUAGCUUGGGCAGAUUGAACACCACUACCAUUUUUACCUCCCUCGCCUAUCUCCAGCUUCUCUCUGGUCCAUUCUCUACCCUCUUCCAGGUCGCUCCUCAGCUGCUUGCGGCCUUUACAUCUCUAUCAAGAAUCCAGAUGUUCCUCGAGGGAGAGUCGAGACACGACUAUCGACGACUUGGGACUGACGAAGCCUGGAAACAAAAGGCUGCAGGGGAGAAGUUGCCCCCCGUGGUGAACAUCACGGCCGGGGGCUUUGGCUGGCAAUCAAACGCGAUGACCUUGAAGAACAUCGAUGUUUCGAUCGCCCCAGGGCUGAAUAUGAUUUAUGGUCCUGUGGCUUGCGGGAAGACCACACUGUGUAAAGCGCUGUUAGGCGAGAUUCCAUUCACGGAAGGCGAGGUCUUCGUACGGACCGAGUUCCGCCAGAUCGGAUACUGUGAGCAGGUUCCAUUUCUCCCGAAUGCAAGUAUUCGUGAUGCCAUCCAAGGGUACUCCGCUUUCGAUGCUGAAAGGUAUACAAGCGUGGUUGAGGCCACAAUGCUUUCUCACGACCUGCAGCUGCUCCCUCAGGGCGACCAGACCCAGAUUGGCAGCGACGGGAUCGCGCUCAGUGGCGGCCAGAAACGGCGAAUUGCGCUUGCCAGAGCGUUAUAUCUUCAAUGUGACCUGUUGGUUCUGGAUGACGUUCUCAGCGGACUGGACGCGGCUACGGAGGAGCACAUUCUUCACGCGGUCUUCGGUCUUUCAGGCAUGCUGAGGGCCAGAGGGGCGGUUGCGAUCUUCUGCACCAGUGCCCUACGACAUCUUUCAGCAGCGGACUAUAUCGUUGUAUUGGGAGAAAACGGGACAAUCGUAGAGAAGGGGCCACCCCGCAAUCUCCGUACCCUCACUUCACAAAAUACCGCCGUAAGCGAAAGAGGCACAAUGUCUCAUCAUACCUCUCAACCAUCCGCACCAACAAACCAAUCUCCCACCACCAAUGGUAACAAAGCAGUAAAUUCAAAGAUCAAGAGAGAGCAAUCGAGCAGAGCCAUCGGCGAUGCUGCCGUCUUCAUGUACUACUGCCGCAGCAUUGGCCCUUGGCUGCUUGUCAGCUUCGCGACAGUUGGUAUUCUCUGUGGGUUUCUUUACAACUUUCCCACGAUAUGGAUCGGCUAUUGGAGUACUGAUACCUUCGGCCAAUCCAAAUCUUUGUACCUGGGAAUCUACGCUUGCCUCCAGUGUCUAGCCCUAGCCACCGUUGUCAGCGAGGCUGCCAUCGGCAUGCUGGCCAUCAUCCGUACCUCUGGAUCGCGCCUGCACGAUGCAUUGCUGCGGACAGCCAUCGCCGCUCCCUGGUCCCUUCUAUCUCAGAUGGACACCGGGAUACUCACUAACCUAUUCUCGCAGGACAUGACCUUGAUUGACGGGGAGCUGGCUCAGGCGCUGAUCAACACAUCCCUGCAGGUUUGGAUCGCCAUCGGUGGGGCGGCGGUGAUCGUCGCCGGCUCAUCGCCCUACACCCUCAUUGCCUACCCUUUCGUGCUGGCCAUCAUAUACGCAAUCCAGCGUUUCUAUCUGCGCACCUCCCGUCAGCUGCGCCUGUUGGACCUCGAGGCCAAGAGCCCCCUUUACAGCCACCACCUCAAUACGAUCAAGGGAGCCGCCACGCUACGCGCAUUUGGUUGGAUCAAUGAGUCCAUUGGAGUGAACAACGCGCUGCUCGACGCAUCUCAGCGUCCAGCCUACUUGCUGAGCAUGAUUCAACGGUGGUUGUCUUUUGUUCUCGACAUGGUUGUGGCAGUCCUGGCCGUCCUCGUCGUUGCGCUAACCACUCAGCUUCGCAACAGCAGUGCCGGCUUCACCGGAGCCAGCUUGGUCGCCCUGAUGAGCUUUGGCAAGACGCUGGCCGGCUUGGUCCGUAUGUACACGGCUCUCGAGACUUCCAUUGGUGCUGUAUCCCGGAUCAAAGCGUUCUGCGACGGCGGGGCUGACGGAGUCGGGCUUGAGAAGAAUCAGCUGGAGGAUGACCGCUCUAAGGGUGGCGCUAACAAGCUUCGACUUCCUGCCUCCUGGCCGGAGAGGGGUGCGAUCACAUUCCAGCAUGUUUGUGCUUCGUACAGCAACGAAGCAACUCCCGACUCAGAUGCUCUCGCUAUCCGAGACGCAUCAUUUACCAUCGAACCCGGACAGAAAGUCGCGAUCUGCGGUCGAACAGGAAGCGGCAAAUCGACAAUCCUUCUUCUCCUCCUCCGCCUCUUGGACCCAGUCCCGUCACCACGCACAACCAGCACCAACGCAAAUGAAGACUCAGCCCUAACAAUCGACGGCACACCCCUCCACUCAAUCGACCACGCAACCCUCCGCCAUCGCCUCAUCGCCGUCCCACAAGACGCCAUCUUCCUUCCCGACGGCACCGCCUCCUUCCGCACGAACCUUCUCGCUCCAUUCGCCGACGAGACAAUCGAUCCCGCGGAGUGCCAGGCCAUCCUGGAGCGCACAGGUCUCUGGAGCGUGGUCACGGCCCGUGGCGGCCUGGACGCACCCUUCACAGCCGACACGCUGAGCCACGGGCAGAAGCAGCUGUGGAGUCUGGCGCGCGCGGUGCUGCGGCGGCGGGUGCGCGCGAGGAGUUUGGAGGAGCGGAGCGCUGCUGUGCCUUCUGGUCCUACCCUCUCUUCUGGAAAAGUAAUGCCAAAGGCCCCUGCGGUGUCGGUGGGUGGUCGGGAUUGCGUCACUGCUUCACCUUCUCCAGGCCCGACCGGUGGAGUAUUGCUGCUCGAUGAGAUCGACAGCGGCGUAGAUGCCGCAACCCAGCAGAUGAUGCGCGAUCUCAUCUGGAGUGAGUUUGCGGGGUACACGGUGGUGAUGGUAGGGCAUCGGCUGGAGUUCGUGGGGGAGUUCGACCGGGUUCUGGUCGUGGACGCGGGCCGGGUGGUGGAGGAUGGGUCGCCGGGGGAGCUGAUUGCGCGUCCGACUGGGUGGCUUAGAGAUUUGUGGAUGGUUGGGAGGGGCGAGGCUUGAUUGCUCUUUUUAAGAAGUAGGACUGGUAGCCUGCAUACUGGGGAG